GCUGGUUUGUGUGACGUAGCCGGUAAACAGGAGAGUCGUGUCAAGUCCUUCACCAUAUAGUCGUUUUCUUGAAGACAUUCGGAAGAAAAAUGCAGUCUUCCCGAAGUGAAAAUGACUGGCAUGGCCUGGUGAGCGAGUUCCUGGUUUGCAAGCGCAAGCUUGAGAGCAAAAAAGAGGCCCUGCUCAUUCUGUCCAAGGAGCUGGAUACGUGUCAGCAGGAGCGAGACCAGUACAAGCUGAUGGCCAACCAGCUUCGAGAGCGCCACCAAGGUCUCAAGAACAAGUACAAGGAGCUCAUUGAAAGAGACCCGUCUUUAGCGCCAGACAAACGCAAUCAGUUCAUGUUAGUGUGUGACAAUGCUACUACUUGGAGAGUUGGUGUGAACCUCGCCCAAUUACUGCGAGAGUCCAAGGAACGUGUGAAGCAGCUCACCGAGGAGGCCAAGGAGCUGACUCAGCGGCUACUGGAGGCUCAAGGGGAUAACAAGCUCCUGCGAAUGACUAUCACGCGACAGCGGUUGGGGGACGAUGAGGUGGGCGUGCGCCACUUCCCCGCGCACGAGCGUGAAGAUCUGGUGCGGCGGCUGGAAAGAGCCGGCCAUCAGAUGGAAGAGAUGGCGCUUAAUGCGAAGGCGCUGACGGACGAGCUCCAAGACGUGAAGGCGGAGCACGCCGUGUACCGCGACAAGGCCGAGCGACUCAACGUGGAGCUCAACCACGUGAUGGGCAACCGGGACUCGCGCAUCCUUGACGUGGACGCGCUCUGCAUGGAAAACCGGUAUUUGCACGAGCGCUUCAAACAACUGCAAGAGGAGGUGACCCUGCUCAAAUCCAACAUCAUGAAGUACAAGGCCGCGCUGGCGAGGAGGAGGAACUCCAGCGGUUACGUGAAGUCACACAACAGUCCGAUCACUGGCGUCCUCUCCGCCGAACAAGUGGAGGAGAUGCUUCUAGAGGAGCACGGCUGCAGCCUCCCGGCCACGCCUCAAUCCAUUUGCGAGCUCAAGUCCCUGGCCACGGCCCUGCUGGAGACCGUCCACGAGAAGAAUCUCGUCAUCCAGCACCAACGGCACACCAACAGAAUCCUCGGGAACAGAGUUGCCGACUUGGAAAGGAAGUUAAAGACGUUGGAGGUUGCUGGCUUUUGGAGUCUUCCAGGCCUGACCUACCGCGUAUCCGUGGGAAUUGGGAGAACGAGGAACGAGGCGCCGCCCAACGAGAACCUCCCGCCGGGGCUUCAUCCGACGCAGGCGGCGUCCCCGCAUCGCCAUCCGCCCCCAGGUAACUGCGGCAGCACCGCGCACGGCACCGAUGAAUCAUUGCGGGAGUGCCACACGGCUGCCGGCGACCUUGGCACAGAUGGCGCGACACAGCCGGCGGCGGCAACGAACGGGAUCGACGACAGAGGAGGCGACUCGGCGACCCCGACAGAAGAAGACGGACGGAGUCCCGUGGAGGAGGCGGGGAGGGAAGCCCGAGAGGAAGACGCCGAGGCGGCGGUGGAGGAGGGCGAGGAGGCAGCGGUGGCGCUGGACGCCUCGCAUGGCUGCAACUCCGAUUUGCUGGAACGCCGCCAGGAGGACAUCCGACGUCACGCUGAGCACGGUGACAUAUGUCAUCGCUCGGUGUGAAGACGUACGAAGAUUUCGAUGGGUUGAAAAACUUUUGGCAGAGCAUAAAUGGAAUAUUAAUACGUCUGAAAAUCGGCAAAAAUGUUGCGCAAUGUGAUUUUCAAAAUAAAAGUUUGCAAAUAUGGAUUCAGAUUAUCAGACAGCUUUCAUUGGCAACUCGGAGAAUAUUGACUGUUGAGAGAGGAUUUGCACAAUAUGAAGGUAAACAAGGUUGAUCUUUGAUAAUCGAUUCAUUGUCGAUUCAUGGAUUUGUUGUGAACUCUUCCAGUUGACUGCUAAUUAUGAUUUCCACCAAGACGACACACGGCGGAUAUGAAUCCCAGCCUUUCCGCAGGUGACAGCUGGCCUCUCCACGCAAAACCAUGAAGCGCUUACUCGGCGCAACUUGCUAUUUUUAAUCCCCACGCCACUAAAUAAAUUGGAGCGGCGGGCGGCGGCGUGAACUCGGCACCAGCCAGCUGAUUUGGCACGCCGCUUUCCUCCCCGAGCGAGGAGCACAACUUUCUCAAGCAGAUGGAGUGCAAACUAAUCAACAUGUAAGACGAUAGCAGCUUGCUUUUGGAUUCCUCAUCAGGAAUCUCUGCACGCCUUCAAGACAGCGAGGAGAUUUGCAAAGUUGUUUGGGUAGAAAACUGUGUUUUGCCAAGAAGAUCCUGGAGCCGUUUGCUUGCGUGACGUACAUUCCUUCAACCUAAAUUCCAACAUCGGAGCUUCGUGUGGGAUUUUCAUGGAAAUAUUGUGGUCGAGGACGGUUUUCAAAAAAGAUUGCAAUAAAUGGAAUUCAUCUGA